CCCACAUCAGAACACCUCAAGAAACACCCGGAGAGAUCCACAGGGAAGAAAUCUAGUUGCUGCUCUGACUGUGGGAAAUGUUGCAAAUCUUCAUCAGGACUUAAAAUACACCAGCGAGUACACACAGGAGAGAAAUCUAACCACUGUUUUUACUGUGGGAAGAGUUACUCAUGUUCAGAUUCAUUAAAAGUACACCAGAGAAUUCACACAGGAGAGAAACCUUAUAGCUGUGAUCAAUGUGGGAAGAGUUUUACUCAGUCAGGCUGUCUGAUAGUGCACCAGAGAACACACACAGGAGAGAAAUCUAACCACUGUUUUGACUGUGGGAAAAGUUUCUCAAGAUCAGAUUCACUAAAAGUACACCAAAGAAUUCACACAGGAGAGAAAUCUUUCUGCUGCUCUUACUGUGGGAAACAUUACUCAAGAUUAAAUUCACUACAAGGACACCUGAGAAUUCACACGGGAGAGAAAUCUUAUAGCUGUGAUCAAUGUGAGAAGAGUUUUACUCAGUCAGGCAACCUGCUAGUGCACCAGAGAACACACACAGGAGAUAAACCUUAUGGCUGUGAUCAAUGUGGGAAGAGUUUUACUCAGUCAGGCAGCCUGAAAUCACACCAGAGAAUACACACUGGAGAGAAACCUUAUGGCUGUGAUCAAUGUGGGAAGCGUUUUACUCAGUCAGGCAGCCUGAUAGUGCACCAGAGAGCACACACCGGAGAGAAACCUUAUGGCUGUGAUCAAUGUGGGAAGAGGUUUGUUGCAUCUAACUAUCUGACGACACAUCAGAGAACACACACAGAGAAAUCUUAUAGCUGUAAUCAAUGUGGGAAGAGUUUUACUCAGCCAAACAUUCUGAUAGUACAUCUGAGAACACACACAGGAGAGAAACGUCAUAGCUGUGAUCAAUGUGGGAAGAAAUACUCUGAUAAAAGAUCUCUGAUCAAACAUCAGAAAAUACAUACAUGA